GGCGCGCGCGAGUGACGUCACGGCAAGCGUCCGGAGGCCAAGUGGUGGGGAGCCCGACGUUCAGGGCCGCGGGUCCUGGAGGCUGUGCUGUGGCUCCGGCGCCAUGUUCGGCUCCAGUCGCGGCGGUGUGCGUGGCGGGCAGGACCAGUUCAAUUGGGAGGAUGUAAAGACUGACAAGCAGAGGGAGAACUACCUGGGCAACUCUCUGAUGGCGCCAGUAGGCCGCUGGCAAAAGGGCCGCGACCUCACCUGGUACGCGAAGGACCGCGCGCCGUGUACCGGCCCGAGCCGUGAGGAAGAGCUGGCGGCCGUGCGCGAGGCGGAGCGUGAGGCGCUGCUGGCCGCACUCGGUUACAAGAACGUGAGGAAGCAGCCCACCGGCCUGAGCAAGGAGGACUUCGUGGAGAUCUGCAAACGGGAAGGAGGCGACCCCGAGGAGAAGGGCGUGGACCGGCUUCUAGGCCUGGGCAGCGCCAGUGGCUCCGCGGGCCGUGUGGCGCUAUCCCGAGAAGAUAAAGAGGCUGCCAAGCUUGGGCUGUCAGUGUUCACGCACCACCGCGUGGACAACGAAGGCCCAAGCACUGCCCCAUCUGCUACCAAGAAGAAGCCUCGCGCUGAGGACAAGGUCGAACUGGAUGCAGAGAGCCAUAAGAAAAGCAAGAAAGAAAAGAAGAAAAAGAAAAAGAAACACAAGAAACACAAGAAGAAGAAAGACAAAGAACACAAGAGGGAGGCAGACAGCUACUCGUCAUCUCCCUCUCCUGCCCGGCCCAGACGCCAGAGACAUUCUGACUUCUCCCCCUGCUCUAAGAGGAAGCGGGAACAUAGCCAGGACAAUGGAAGGAGCCCACCCCGCAGACGACAAGACAGAGGCUCUGAUGACUGAGAAUGUGGCUAGACCAGAGGACACCAGAGUCCUGGUUGCCCUGAGCUGAGACCCUGCCCACCACUGAGCUCUAGGGGCUCUAUAAAGAGGGC